ACAACUUGCUUGGGAGCGGUGCAGAUCCACGUGCGCGCUCGUAUCUCUGCAGGUUUUCUUUGCAAAUCCCCUGCAGGCAGAGUUUGCUCAACUAGUUGAACUGGCUCUUUCUGUCUUGUUUUUUUGGCAAACGAAGAAUUUCCUUCCUGAUAAAAACGGACGGCGGGCGCCCCGAUUGGGUGCCGUGUUGGAGAGGAUGUGACAUCAGGCACAUCUCUCGCUUCGCCGGAUCGCUGGCUGCCUACCAGGGCAGUCAGGGAGCCGUUUCGUUAAAUCCCAACCCAGGUACUCGAGUUUCUGCACAAAGUGCUGUCAGCACCACGUCCCAGUCUGCUGCAAGGUCUGUUUGACUCGUGCGUGCAGAGUCUGCUUAAUAGAUCACUCCCACUGCUGGGGGCUCGCCGGGACGAUGGAAUUUGAACUCUGGAGACCAACCGCGAAGUGAAAAAAACAGAAAUUGGACAGACAGGGCUGAGAUGGAUGAUGAGGGAACAAAUCCAAGCGCCAGCAAAUUGCAAGGAGCUGGAGGCCAGGCAUCUGCAACGUCUCUAUCAAACCCGCUGAUGAGGGACAUUGUUUCAGACUGGUCUCCUUUACACGAUGCCUCUAUCCAUGGGCGUCUGCUUACUCUGAAGAAACUCAUCAAACAGGGGAGCGAUGUUAAUCUUGUUACAGCAGACCAGGUGUCUCCUCUUCAUGAAGCCUGCCUAGGGGGUCAUGCUGCUUGUGCCAGUGUCCUACUAAAACAUGGUGCUCAGGUGAACGGAGCUACUGUUGACUGGCACACUCCGUUGUUCAGUGCUUGUGUCAGUGGCAGUGUGGCUUGCUUGAAUUUAUUGCUGCAGCACGGAGCCAGCCUACACCCGCCCUGUGACUUGGCAUCCCCCAUCCAUGAAGCUGCUAAGAGAGGUCAUGUGCAAUGUGUCGAAUUCCUCGCAUCCCGUGGGGUAAAUAUAGAUCACAACAUCAAGCAUCUGGGUACUCCGCUUUAUGUAGCUUGUGAGAACCAGCAAGUGAACUGUGCCAAGAAGCUUCUUGAGUCAGGAGCAAAUGUGAACAGCGGCAAGGGCCUGGACUCCCCUCUGCACGCAGCCGCCAGGAAUCGCAGUGCAGAGCUGGUGACACUGCUGAUUGACUUUGGAGCGGACAUUUGGGUGAAGAACGAUGAAAGCAAGAGGCCGAUGGAGCUGGUGCCACCCGGCAGUCCUGUGGGCCGACUGUUCCUGCAGAAAGAAGGGUCAUGCCUGCUGGACAGCAGACGUCUAACUUCUUUGGCUGACUGAAGGGUUGCACGCCGGGAGAGUGGUGCAGACGUGACCCCUCUGGUUUCACCCAGAGGUUUGGAAAUGUGCCGCGGGGAUCGAGAGCCCCCCCCAGCCCCGUGUCCCCUCGGCACUGGCAGAGCUGAGCUGCUGCUCUCCCGCCCUGCUCCCACGCACGGCUCUUCUCCCCCCAAGCCGCAGAUGUGGGGGGCAGCAGCCCCUCGCCCCAGCACUUCACCAUGCUGCCGGUCUACUCAUACCCUGCUUGUGUUGCAGGGAGGGUCCUACCCGUGGGCAGGAGAAUGAGCUAAUGGUCCAAAAAUGCACUGUGUUUUUGAAGAGCGUGCUUGCGCUUGCUAAAUAUUUUUCAGUGUAGUGACAACGCUUGCGUUUGGUAAGUCUUUAGGCUUGGGUUUUGGGGUUUAUUUUUUUGAAUGGAAGCUUUUAUAAUGAGAUGUUUACAGGCAGGGCAUUUAUCUGUGGGAUCAGGAUGGCCAAACACGCGUGCAAUGGCCCAUUUGACUUGCCCUGUAUCGGCUUGCCUUGCUCUGUACCCAAGCACAGGGUGACUAACUCGUCUGCUGACGCCCAGCAGAAGGCUGCAGCCCCCUGCGCAGCCCUUCCGACAGUGCAGCGGCGUUCUGGAGCUCCUGGAAGUGUAGUCUCCUGCACGAGGGAAGCCUCGAAAUCUGAUUAAAGCUGCCACCUCACUGCAUUUUUUGCUGCAGCCCACCACCACUAACGUUGCAGCUCUCUGGUGACCGCUAUCUUACUCGCCCAGCAGGCAGGCGCCGCGGGUGGCACCUAACUGUCCCCUCCCGGCUCACUUACCUCCCUCUUGCUUUCCACGCUGGCUCUUCUUAUCUCCUCCCCACUCCCAGCAUCCAGCCCCCACGUCCGUGCUUGCUGACCCCCCCUCCCCUUCUUGUCUCCCCCCCCCAACCCCCCCCGCGACCCUCCGUGCGGCACAUCGCGGCGCAGACGAUGUGCCGGGGGGGCUGAAUGUUGGCAGGUGCCGCAGUUAAACCGUCACACGGGAUCUGCCUCUUCCUGGAAGGGAUGAGGGACCCAAAUAAGCGUAUAAUGCCUUUAUACUUAGAUUUUUAAAAAAGCGCCACAGAUUCUUCAGCAGGGCUUGUACUUCUCAGCAUGGGACAACAUCAGACAACACAAAUUGCUUCACACUCGUGUGAAGAGAAGCUAUUUAAGAGAAGUUUAAAAGGGAAAGACUGAUGCUGCUAAUGCUAAUUGCAGCCGUGUAAUGACAGAGCGCGAUUAGGCUUGAAUUGAACUGCAGGCGGGCUGAUGUCCUUCGGUGGGUGCAGGUCUGGCUUUUCACUGCUGAGCGUUCUGAGGGCCACGCACCCCCGGCGGCAGGAGGUGGGGGGAGCGGUGAUGCACAGCUGCUGUUUCAGCUUUACGGUUUUGGGGUGAUAAAACCGCGUGUGUAACCUCUUCCCUGGCUCCUUCUGCAGGGCCGCUGUCCUUGAUGCAGUUGUGCCGCCUGUGCAUCAGGCGGUGCUUUGGACACAAGCAGCAUCAAAAAAUAACCGGACUCCUCCUCCCGGACGAGCUGAAACAUUUCCUUCUCCACGUCUAAGCCUCUCAUGUUCAAAAUGGUGCCUUUAAUAACACAGCAAG